GUAUUAUAUUUCCAGCAAGCCCUACUUCCAGUUUCAACAUCCCUGUCAGUGUCUCUAUUAGUAGCAGAGUUGGUCUGUGCUAGAGAUGAUGAUGAAAUCAAAGCACAGCUACUCAGUACCACGUUUAUGAUGGCGGGUAUAGCUACAUUGCUAAUGUGCACAUUAGGUGUCGGGUUACCCAUAUUUCAAGGACCAAGUUCGAGUUAUGUUGUUCCAUUAUUGGGAUUGGCCACUUUAAAAGAAUGGAGAUGUCCAUCUGAGGAAAUGUUAGCUUGUCAGCUAUGUACAAAGCGAUCAAAGUUUCUGUGUAUAUCAAGAAUACUUAGUAUUUUACAAGGUAGUUUAAUGGUAGCUGGUGGAAUACAUAUAUUAAUAGGACUAACUGGUCUGGUUGGGGUUAUUGCUAAGUUUGUUGGUCCUAUAACAAUUGUUCCUGCACUAAUGUUAGCUGUUUUAUACGUCCAUAGAGUCACUGUCAAGUUUGCUGAAAGUUAUUGGGGAUCAGCAGUCGCCACAACUAUUUGUGGUGUGAUCCUUUCAUUGUACCUGGCUGGUAAAAAGACGCCCAUACCAAUGUGGACGAGAAAGCGAGGGUUCCAUAUCCUGUGGUAUCCCUUACAUCAAGUCUUUUCGAUAUUGUUCUCGGUAAUAUUUGGUUGGGUAUUGAGUGCUAUACUUACUUAUGUAGGUGCUUUAUCAACAGAUCACAACAGUGUUCAAUUUUAUGCAAGAACCGAUGCUAGAAAUCAGAUUCUUACUAACAAUCCUUGGUUCUUCUUUCCUUAUCCCGGUCAGUUUGGUGGAUACAAAUUUGAUACGGCAGCUUUUGUAGGAGCUUUAGUAGCUACUAUUAUGUCAGUCAUUGAUUCUAUCUGUGACUAUAAUGCCUGUGCUAGGAUGUGUUACGUACCAUUCCCACCAGCACAUGCUAUGAACAGGGGGAUAUUUUGGGAAGGUCUGAUGAGUUUCUUUGCUGGAAUGACUGGUGCUGGCCAUGGUACAAAUUCAUAUGGUGGAAACAUAGGGGCUAUUGGCGUCACAAAAGUAGCCAGUCGUCGUGUUUUUCAGUUGCUUGCGCUUCUUUACAUUCUGUUUGCCAUCUUGGGGAAACUAAACGCUGCCUUCAUCACAAUACCUUAUAGUAUAUUGGGUGGUACUAUGAUCUUGUAUUUUGGAAUAUUUAUUGGUAUAGUUUUGUCACAGCUUCAAUUCGUAGAUCUGAAUAGUACUAGAAACCUAGCCAUACUGGGUAUCAGUAUACUUAUAGGAUUUAUGAUGCCAUAUUGGAUCGAAAAGAAUCCUAACGGGAUUCGCACAGGGUUACCUGAGUUUGAUAGAACACUUACGAUGUUGGCAGCCAAUGGUGUAUUUGUAGCCGGAGUUAUUGCUUGUUUUCUUGACAACACAGUGGCGGGUUUGUAUAAUUUCUCUAUUGAAAGUCAAAUGAAAAAUAGGAUUCUGUGGUGUGACUUAUGUUGCCAUAUCUUUACAAUUGAAAAUUACAAACACAAAAUAAAUAUGAUAGCUUCGUAA